UGAAGGUUUUCUCAUUACAUAUGCACGUGACGUCAUCGUUUGUGCUGUUGGCAGAACGCGAGCUUCCCGACCAACAUGGAGAGAAAAGUUUUAGCUCUUCAAGCGAGGAAGAAGAGGGCAAAAGCGAAGAAGUCCAGCAAGAAGCAUCCUGCCCACCCCAGGGGUACAGCAGCCCAGCAGCCCCAGCCAGAGGCCUCUCCCCAGGAGCCUGAGGAGCCUGAGGAGAUCCUAGGCUCUGAUGACGAGGAGCAGGAAGACCCCAACGACUACUGCAAAGGUGGCUACCACCAUGUAAAGAUAGGAGACCUGUUCAAUGGGAGGUACCAUGUGAUCAGGAAGCUGGGCUGGGGACACUUCUCCACUGUGUGGCUGGCCUGGGACAUACAGGUGAAGCGGUUUGUGGCUAUGAAGGUUGUGAAGAGUGCAGAGCAUUACACCGAGACAGCCGUGGAUGAGAUCAAACUGCUCAGAUCUGUGAGAAACACGGACCCUGACGAUCCCAAGAGGGAGAUGGUGGUUCAGCUACUGGAUGACUUCAAGAUCUCCGGUGUCAACGGGACUCAUGUGUGCAUGGUGUUUGAGGUGCUGGGGCACCACCUUCUGAAGUGGAUCAUCAAGUCCAACUACCAGGGCCUUCCUUUGCCCUGCGUCAAGAGCAUCAUACGCCAGGUUCUCCAAGGCCUGGACUACCUUCACACCAAGUGUGAGAUCAUCCACACUGACAUCAAGCCAGAGAACAUCCUGCUGACGGUGAAUGAGCCUUAUGUGAGGAGGCUGGCCGCAGAGGCUACAGAGUGGCAGAAAGCAGGGGCUCCCCCUCCCUCAGGGUCCGCAGUCAGCACAGCACCAGCUCCAAAAGCAGUGGCCAAAAUGUCCAAGAACAAGAAGAAGAAGUUAAAGAAGAAGCAGAAGCGUCAGGCGGAGCUAUUGGAGAAGUGCAUUCUGGAUCUGGAGGAGAUGGAGAAGGCUCCGGGGAGGGGAGAUGAGGAGGAUGAAGAUGAAGAGGACCCAGAGUCUCCAGUCUCUUCCAAACAGCAGCGGACAUAUUGUGCUCCUCUCAGACAGGUUUCCUUACAGGAGAUAGCCAGCCAAGACACAACCGCGUACAUUGCGGGUGCGGAAGUUACGCGGAUCGUACCAGAAAGCAUAAUAACUGAGGUAGAGGUGAACUUUAACGGCCUUUGUCCUGAGGAAGAGGAAGAUGAAACAAAGGAGAGGAAGGCACAGUGGAAGGAGGAAGACCAACACAACGGUAACACAGACCCAGCAGAAGAUCAUGGUCUUCUUCAGGAGUCAAACCCACAGGAGUCAAUAUUAUCAAACCCACAGGAGUCAAUAUUAUCAAACCCACAGGAGUCAAUAUUAUCAAACCCACAGGAGUCAAUGUUAUCAAACCCACAGGAGUCAAUGUUAUCAAACCCACAGGAGUCAAUGUUAUCAAACCCACAGGAGUCAAUGUUAUCAAACCCACAGGAGUCAAUGUUAUCAAACCCACAGGAGUCAAUGUUAUCAAACCCACAGGAGUCAAUGUUAUCAAACCCACAGGAGUCAAUGUUAUCAAACCCACAGGAGUCAAUGUUAUCAAACCCACAGGAGUCAAUAUUAUCAAACCCACAGGAGUCAAUAUUAGCAAACCCACAGGGGUCAAUAUUAUCAAACCCACAGGUGUCAAAUGGUCAGGAGUCUCUACCUCCUCAACCCGUGUGUAACGGCCUGGUGUCCCCAGAAACAGAGGAACCUAAGACCCCAGAGAGUGAGGGGAGUGGAGCUCUACCCAGGAAGGUGACUGAGAUAAGGAGAGAAGCAUCUGAGAUGGAGUCAACAAGCUUCAGGGUCCAGGAGGAGGAGGAGCUGUUACCGGAAGAGGAGGAACAGGAGAAGAAGAAUCAGGAGGAAGUCACGGAGGAGGCGCAGGAUAGGAGUUGGGAGGAGGAGGAGCAGAACAGGAGUCAUGGGGAGGAGGAGGAGGAGGAGGAGGCCACAGAGAUGCUGGAUAACAUCCAGUAUGGAGGAGAACAGGAGAGUCUAAAGGAUGCCAAACUAGCAGCAGGAAACCUCCUGGUCAACCCCCUGGAGCCACUUAAUGCAGGCAGACUGAAGGUCAAGAUAGCAGACCUGGGGAACGCCUGCUGGGUGCACAAGCACUUUACAGAAGACAUUCAGACGAGACAGUACCGUUCUCUAGAGGUGCUCAUUGGCUCUGGCUACAACACACCAGCUGACAUAUGGAGUACCGCCUGCAUGGCUUUUGAGCUGGCUACUGGGGACUACUUGUUUGAGCCCCAUUCCGGGGAAGAUUACUCCAGGGACGAAGACCAUAUUGCAUUGAUCAUUGAGCUGCUGGGGCAAGUCCCACGCAAACUCAUAACGGCUGGGAAAUAUUCCAAGGAUUUUUUCACCAAGAAAGGUGACCUGAAGCACAUCACCAAGCUGAAGCCAUGGGGGUUACUAGAGGUGCUGCAGGAUAAGUAUGAGUGGCCCAAAGAGGAGACUGAUUGUUUCGCUGACUUCCUCCUCCCCAUGCUGGAGCUGGUACCAGAGAAGAGGGCCACGGCCGCAGACUGCCUGCGCCACCCCUGGAUCGCCCCCCAGUGACAGCCUCCAGUACUGCAAAUCAAAAUACCCCGAUGCCUGUUCAGUAGGCAAACAUUGUGGAAUGUUGCAGGUAACUGUCAUGACUAGAGGUGACAUGAUUCCCUUUUCUACGUGUCAUAGAGGCAUUAAUGUUCUACAUUAAGAGACUUCUAUCAGAACAUUCCAGAACGUUUUGUUCUGCUGAAUGUACCCCCUUGGCCUGGAUUGCCCUCCCCAAUGGAGCCUUCCAACCACUGCAAUGUAAAACCAUGUGGCCAUGUUCAGGAGGAUGUAAAGUUACUGAACCUUCAGAUGUAUGGUGUUGAACAGAGAUACGAUCAUCUGUCAAAUAGAAUAGGGAAUUGGGUCCACUUUAUUCAUUCAGUUUCUAUCUUCAAUGUCACGUUUUGACAUUUUUUUUGUCAUUUAGCAGAAACGCUUAUCCAGAGCGACUAAGUGUCUGCUAAAUGAGUGAAAAGUAAAAUGAGCUUUUCAUUUUCCUAAAUACACCCCUGGAUGUAUUCCCUCUAGUGGUCGUCUCUGGUCACUGCGAUGCAAAUUAAACCCCUCACAAGAGACUUGUUGCAACAGAGCACUUUCCAAUUCAACCAUAUCUGAGAUGACUUAUUUAUUUCUGUUUUAGUUUGGUUUUCUUACAUUGUGUUCUUAUUAUCAUCAAGGAGCGUCUACGUUUGUAUUGGUUUCUUUCCUUUGUGCUGACUGUGUUUAAAUAAGCCUGUAGGCAACGUUGGUUUAUGGUCAUUUUGGCGGUCCAGAAUUCUGUGCUCCGUACACUACUCACUUGUAUGAGGACUUGUCUUUGUAAUUGUUGUUAUUGUGACUCUCUCACCACCAUCUUGUUUCACAAGACCUGGAAAAAAAAUCAAGAUCAAUGAACUUCCCUUCACUUUUGUAAUCCUGUUUCUGUUAAAUAACUUGAUACCACUUGUUUUCUCUCCUCUGAUAAAAUGUCAUUGAUGUCUGUUCACUUUAAGAGUUCUUCUGUGUUACUCCUUCACCCGUAAGGCAUUUUGUUUGUAUUAAGCGUAGUAUUAGGAAGUUGCACAUAGGGCAGAUGAACGGACUCGUAGGUUGCACUCUACUCUCCUUUCUGACUGAACUAUUUGUAGGUCUCCACCACCCAUAAAUACAAUGGACGACUGUCUUGCUAUUUUUAAAUCAGCCAGUUAAAAACCAUUUUCAAAAUCUGUUAUAAUACUAUCUUUGCAUAUAUUCAUUUUGAGCCACUGGGAGACUGGUUUUGUGGGUUUAACUAAAUAAUAUAUGUUCAUAAGAACACCACCCGAAAGAAGAGAAAUUGUGGAAAGAUAUAUAAAAUUACGUGUGGCUGUGUGUGUAUGUGUGUAUAUAUAUAAAUAACUGUACCAAGGAAUUUGCCUUUCUGUAUAUUACAGCUGUGUACAGUUUUUAACCAAUUGUAGUGUGUGGCUGAAAUGGCACCCUUUUCCCUAUGUAGGGUACCAUUUAGGGUGGACACUACUAUGUCUGGGUAGUACUGUGUCAAUAAAGCAUAUGGAAGAAGUGUGAAA